CACUUUACCAAUCUCAAACCCUACUUCAAGACCAUCGUCUGCUCCUUCUCGAUCUCAAUCUGCUCGUGCUUCACAUCCUCCCUCUCCUUCUCCUAUCUUAGUUCCACCACGAUCCCUUAGAAUUACUCGAGCCCAAAGAAAUUCUUCUCGUCCUCGUCGUUUUACCGAUGGUAUCGUUGCCUACCCCACUCAACAUUGUCUCACCUUCUUUACGCAGGUCCUGAAUGAUCCUUCGAGUUUCAGUCAUGCCUCUCAUUUCUCAUAAUGAAAUCAAGCUAUGCAGGCUGAGUAUGAUGCUCUUUUUCAAUACUCAACAUGGACACUCAUUCCUCCUGCCCCUCACAGAAACGUCUUAGGCUACCGAUGGGUUUAUCGCACCAAGACUCAUACGGACGGUUCUUUUGAAAGAAGUAAGGCUCGUUUGGUUGCAAAAGGGUAUCACCAACAGCCUGGGAUUAAUUUUGAAGAAACCUUCAGUCCGGUUGUAAAGCCAACUACCAUUUGGCUUGUGUUGUCUAUUGUGGUCUCCAAAGGAUCGGCUAUGCAUCAAAUUGAUAUUCAAAAUGCCUUUUUACAUGACCUAUUAUUUGAUGAUUAUAUGCAGCAGCCCUAAGGCUUUGCUGAUCCAACCCGGCCUCAUCACGUUUUCAAACUUCAGAAGGCGAUUUAUGGUCUCAAACAAGCUCCAAGAGCUUGGUUUGCCCAUCUAAGUAGAUGGCUUCUUGACUAUGAUUUCUUUGCUUCUAAGGUUGAUCCAUCACUUUUCAUUCUUACACAUCUUGAUACUCAGAUUUACUUGUUAGUAUACAUGGAUGACAUUGUCAUCACUUUCUCAAAACCGUCUACUGUUACUUGUUUGAUUAAUGACCUAGGCCGUGCUUUCUUGUGAAGAACCUUGGUCGACUUUCUUUUUUUCUUGGCAUUGAAGUGGAUUAUCUUAAGGAUGAUAUUAUGUUGUCUCAAUGCAAAUAUCUUAAAAGUCUUCUUUCUCGAAGCAACAUGCUUCAAGUCAGGCCAAUGACCUCUCCAAUGGCUGCCUCUUUAAAAUUGUUUAAGCAUGAUGUUCCUGAUUUUGAGGAUGUCACACUAUAUCGGAGUAUUGUAGGGGGGUUACUAUAUUUGUCCAUCACCGGCCCUGACAUUUCCUUCUCAGGUUAUAAGGUUUGUUAGUUUUUACAUGCACCAAAACUUUCUUAUUGGAGUGGAGCCAAGAGAAUUCUGAGAUUUAAAAUCUACCAUCAACCAUGGACUAUUUUUUGCCUCUCAAUUUGGUCUUACUCUUCAAGCCUACUCUGAUGCCGAUUAGGGGGGCUGUCUAGAUGAUCGUCGCUCUACCGGAGGAUAUUGCAUUCUCUUGGGAAAACAUUUGAUCUCCUGGAGCUCCAAAAAGCAGUCCACUGUGGCCAGGUCAUCAACUGAGGCAGAAUACAAAUCCAUUGCAUCAUCAGCUGCCGAACUCAUAUGGCUACAAACUCUUACGUGACAAAAUAUAUGGAUAUUAACUACCAUUUUGUCAAGGAUAGAGUGGCUACCAAGACUUUGAGAGUUUCCUUUACAAGCUCCCAAGACCAAGUUGCUGAUGUGCUUACAAAGCCUCUUGUAGCUGACAAAUUCACUCGUUUCAAGCCCGAAGGCAGGACUCGACAAUGGCUAGCUGACCACUACCGAGUCAAAAAUAUCUGUAAGUACGAUGCGCCCUCCACACCCUGGUUCGGACUGUCAGGUGGACGUCUACAACUCUAUAUUGAAAGCCACAUCGACUAUCCAUCUCUCAUUCCCUCUACUUGCAAGGGUGGUUAGCACAAGUCUGAACAUAAUAAUCUGAUCUGUAUAGUUACGGUAUCGUGCUCCUGAAACUGAAUUGAACUAUCAUUCGGGUUCUGAUAACAUAUAAUACAUGAUAAUAUACUUGUUUAACAUUAAUAGAUUGAUAGCAUUUUCUGUA